AUGUCCCGGAUUUGCAUGGCAAGUGGUGUUGGCAAGGAGGUCACUCAGAUUCUUUACGCCAAGAAUGCCAAGGUUUAUCUUGCAGCACGAUCAGAGGAGAAGACUUUGGAGGCUAUUGAGAGCAUCAAGGCGACAGUUCCUAAUUCAUCUGGAGAGUUGAUCUACCUCCGCCUCGAUCUUGCCGAUCUCACGACCAUCAAAGCCUCUGCCCAGGAGUUUCUUGAGAAGGAGACGAAGCUCCAUGUCCUUUUCAAUAACGCCGGUGUUGGUUACCCAAAACAAGGUUCCAAAACGAAACAAGGCUAUGAGCUCCAGCUCGGAGUGAACUGUGUUGUUGCACCGUGGGGUAGAUUUUGGACACUGACCAAGGUUCUGGUUAAUGCUUCCAAGACCACGGCCGAGGGUGGUACGGAACUCGCACGACAGUUUUGGGAUUGGACCGAGGCACAAGUCAAUCCUUACCUCUGA